CAUGUCCCAUGAAACCUAUAUUUUCGCUUUUAGGGACAAAAUAACCUCCAACUGCAACUUGUUUUGGGGGCAAUCUUCAUAUGUUUUUGCGAAAAAGAAAACAAAACAUCCCAUCAACAGUGAGAACUGCUCCUCCUCAUCAAAUCAAAGCAUUCAUCACAAAGCCCCCCAUUAGAGCAGCAUCAAGAAGUUUCCUGCACAGUUUAGCCUUCAGCAUCGAGAGGAGGAGAAGGUCAGUCAAAUUUCCACCCUUCUUGCAGCUCUUUAACCUUACCUUCUUGGAGCUUCUUAGGCGUGGCACCCAGCGAACGGUAGACCCCAGUUAUGGUAGUCAAGAUGGGAUAUAAGAAGGGCACUAGAGUGGAGGUAUUGAAUAUGAAAGAGCUUCCCUCCGGCUCCUGGCGAAGUGCAGAGAUAAUAUCUGGCAAUGGCUGCAACUACAUGGUCCGAUAUUAUAAUUACAAUGGUGCCGCAGUAAAAAAUACUCUGGAGAGGGUAUUGAGUACGGCCAUCAGGCCUUGCCCACCUUUGCUGGAUAUUUCGGGCAAUUGGGUUCCCGGUGAUGUUGUUGAGGUGUUCGAUAGUUUCUCUUGGAAAGUGGCUACAGUUUCAAGGGCUUUGGGAAAAAACUACUAUCUGGUUAGGUUGCUGGGAGGCUCUCAGCGGUUAAGAGUUACAAGUUCUGACAUCCGGCCGAGACAGUCUUGGCAAGAUGGUUCAUGGACUUUAAUCGGACAGGAUUCUGCAAUUGUCUGUGAAGGAAAAUGCAAGGAAAUGCCUUUGUUGAAGUAUGACAAGAAUCCCAACCUCCCAGGUAAAGAGGAACAUGCAAUGCAGAAGCUGUCUCAGAAAAACAAUCUAUCUACCGCUGAGAACGGCGUAAAUUUGCAGGAUUAUCGUUUCAAUGGACAUAUAUCUUUGAAAAGGCCAUGCUUGAAUGGCUCUUCUGUACCAGAAACAACUUCUGGAGCUUUUACGAGUUAUAAAGUUACUGAUAAAGAAGGAAGAUUCCCAAAUGUAACUGCUGCAGAUACACCUAAACAACUGAAGCAGAUCAAUGUGGCUUCCAUCCGAAGAGACACAUUGGAUCAAGAAACCUUACAGUCUUCUUUGAGAAGAAGAAUAAGUGGAUUUACUGACGCGGAUGCGAAGAGGAUUAAAUCAACUGAUGCGGAUGGUCGUUGUUUUGCAUCACUCGCAAAAUCCAGUCACAACGAUGGCGAUGAAUGCUCAGUUGGUAGUUGUAGCAUUGGCGGAAAUGACAGUCACAUAUGUCCUCGUGACUUCUCUGCUUCUCCUGUUGAAAAUGUUUGCGCUUGUACAGGUGAUGCUCAAUCCACUUGUCACUGGGAACAUGAAGAAAGGAGGAAUCUCCUUUUGGCGAAAGAAAACCUGGAAGCCGAAAUACAUAGAUUGGAGUUGCGAGCUUACCGUUGCACAAUGGAGGCCUUGCAUGCAUCGGGACCUUUGAGUUGGGAACAGGAAGCGCUGGUGACUAACCUUCGUCUUUCACUCCACAUAUCAAAUGAUGAACAUUUGAAGGAGCUGAGAAGAUUAGUUUCUACAGAUCAUAGUUUCUAGUUUCUACAGAUCAUAGCUUCUAGAUUAGUCGAAGAAAGCACUUGAAUAUGUCUUCUUUCUUCAUUUAAACUUAGAGUCAUAGACCGAUUCCUUGUCAUUUACCUUUGAGCAGUUGCUGGGAAACAGGAUCUGAUGGUUUGCCUGAUUGCUUUCAGUUUUAUUUUGCAAACUCUAGUUUCAAAUGUUCAUACGUGGACUUCAAAGCAUUGGUCGUCAAAGAUAAGCUUGUAUUUUGCAGUACUUACCAUCGGUUGCUCUUUCUAUUGCUUGGAAACUUUUUCAUACGUGUACUGUAGUCUGCAGACAUUUGUGAAGUGCCAAGUUAUU